AGGUAAAGUCCAUCAUGCAUUAGACGAUAUACGUAUAGUAAACAUGUUUAUGAAAAUGUGGAAGACUUUCAUUGAUGUGUUGGAACCUUUUUUGGUGGUGAUUUCUUGGUAGUUCUGAUUUAGGAACAACUUUGCGGGAGCUGGAGUCAAAAGACCGAAGUUGGCACUGUAUAAGGCCAUUAACGAUCGUUGUUACGCAGAGACCUGAUCUAUGGACCAAGAGCAGAGGAAAUAUCAACCACAUACAAGGUGUUAUUCUUGAAAUAAGUGGAUGAUGAUGUUAUUCUUUGUGGAUGACUUCGACGUAGAUAACCUUUCCGAACCUUCAUGCCGAUAGGGUUUGGCAGGAUCAAGAAGACAAAGUUGCCACUUUGAGGUCAACAGUGCAUAUGUAGACGAAAUUACCACGGAAAUAAGUGUAUAGGAUGUUGAUGUACUUUUUGUGUGGGGGACUUUUAUGUAGAUGACACGUUGAAACCUUAAAUGGAUGACUACCUUCGGUCUACAAGCAGAAUUGCAAUAGGUGGAAUAUAACAAAAAGAAGGUAAUCAUGCCAGUGCCACUCCAAGGCCAAGGUCAUCCAUCGACCCCAAGGACACCAGGUCAAGGUUAUGGAAAUCUACCAUUGUAUGAAGAAACACUUCAGCUGCAGCCGACGAACCUACCCGGAGCCGUGUAUAGGGACCCGUACACGCCACUCGACAUCCCCGGACCUCCUCCAUCAUACUACAGCGUCUUUCCUGAAUCGUCUGCCUCAAACCCGGUACCACCUGUCGAAAUCCCACCUGUAGACCACGAGACAGCAGUUCCACCUUACCCGGGAACCCCUCCGGGGCAAAUCUCGGAGCAUGUUUCCGGACUGAUGGGACACCCGCCGGCCUACACGUAUAUGUCAGAUCCGGGCCACCACAUCCCACCCUAUCCUCUCACUCCUACUGCACAUGUUCCAGCAUACGCAACGGCUGUGGCAAACUAUUCAAACUCGGUGCACCCGUUGUCAAGAAGAUUUCCUAUUGCCAAUCCCGCGAAACCUCACCAGAUCUCGCCAGCAGAAAGUGACUCUGACCUGAGCUCAAUUACGGAGGAUACUACACCAAGAGUUACUGAUGUAGAUGGAUAUUUGCUCCGGCGACGCCGAGAACCUCAGGAGCUCCCACCCUUGCCUGUCAUAGUUCAGAAGCUCAUCCGAGUGGGGACGCUUUUCUCCUUUGGACUCGUCAUAAUAGGUGGUUUGGAAAUUAGGUACGAGACUCAUGUUCGCGUAAUCGGUGCCGGCAUCUGGUGUGGCUUGUGCGCACUAAUAGCCCUGGUGGCCUGCCACGACCCCAGGAAACGUUACCGAGACGACACGCGGAUAACCUCAUACGUCAUAUUCAACCUAAUCGCCAUCUUUGCCGGCAUGUUUGUUAUUGGGUGGUACGGAUUCGGUCUAGCUCUAGCGAAUUCAUACAACAAAAACUGUAGGUUUGAAGGCGAAGAAAUCUCCAACUGUUCUGCCGUUGAUAAAGAUUGGAUACCUCGAAACACCGCUGAGUUAAGAGCCCGGUUUAUUCUGCAAUCUUUUGGCAUAUUUUUAUCUUUUAUGAUUGUUUUUAUCCUCAUUGCCAAUUGGCACAAAACAAAACAUCUGCCGGGAUUGGUUCAACCUUUCAAUGCCAACAUGUCUACAAGGCCUUCGACCGCAUAAUGAUGAUGAUGAUGAUGGAAAUUGGUCAACCCGACCUGUAAGACUGCCGCGGUUAAGACUGGUUUGACCAGAGGAGUCUCAUUGGACGCCAUAACUUAGUGUGCACGUGCGCAUACUGUAUGGCCUGAUCAUACGCGUAGGUGUUGUAUCGUGUCGUAUCGUAUCGUAUCGUAUUGUAUUGUAUCGCAGCAUAUUAGAGGAGACAAUACUGUAACAAACACAUGUAUUUGGAUAAAGGAAUAUGUAAGAACAUUAGAGGCCAUAGCUUGAAACUGAAAAAGGUCAAUGCAACAAAUCAAAUCAUUUCGUUCAUUUGCCCUUGUCGGCCUACCGACCCCCCUGAAAGUUUUUGUGUGGGGGUCGAUAUCAUGCAAAAAGCCGUUCGAUGCCGUUAAUCAUGUUCAAUUUGGAUAUAGGCAUUGGCUGCGGCAACACCAUUAUCCAAUGUUCUGGUAUGGUCUUUGUUUUGAGUUCGCUGGAAAUAAUCACUGAUCUCAGAUCGAUUUGUAGAG